CCUAAACCCUCGGAAGCGUUGGCCGCCCGCGGGUGUUUUUGUUGUUAGGGUUGCUCCUCCAUCGUCGGCGGGAAGAUGCGUCCUCCUAGAGGCGGCGGAGGGUUCAGGGGCCGUGAUGGCGGGCGCUUUGGCGGCGGGAGAGGCGGGCGCUUCGGUGGCCGUGGUGGCGGUGGCUUUCGCGAUGAAGGCCCUCCGGCUGAAGUCGUAGAGAUCUCGUCGUUUCUUCAUGCUUGUGAGGGAGAUGCUGUGACGAAGCUCACCAAUGAGAAAGUGCCUUACUUUAAUGCUCCGAUUUAUCUUCAGAACAAGACGCAGAUCGGGAAAGUGGAUGAGAUCUUCGGCCCCAUCAAUGAAUCAUAUUUCUCUAUUAAGAUGAUGGAAGGGAUAAUAGCAACUUCUUAUUCCAAAGGAGACAAGUUCUACAUUGAUCCUGCAAAGCUGUUGCCAUUGUCAAGAUUUCUCCCACAGCCAAAAGGCAGGGGACAAGCUGUUUCAAGAGGUGGAGGCCGUGGUGGUGGAAGGGGUGGAGGCCGGGGUGGGGGAGUAGAGGUGGAGGUUUUUCGUGGCAGAGGUGGCCCAAGGGGUGGCAGAGGGGUCCUCCAGGGUGGUUUCCGUGGAGGUGGUGGCUUUAGGGGUCGAGGGAGGUCAUAGACCAGCAACAUGUUACAAAGACAACCGCAUUUCAGCCACACCAUGUUUCUUGUUGCAUUUUACCAAGCAUUGCUGUAUUAUCCUGGAAAGAACUGCUUGAACCUCAAGCACUAUCUUACUUGAAAAUGUUUAAGCGUAUGAAACUUGUUGACAGUUUUGGGUUUUAAUUUAAUUAGAGUUCAUCCUUUCUUUGAUUCAAAA